AUGAGGAAGCUUCCAGCUGACUGUCUGCUGUCACCUUGUUUUCCACUGCAGAUCACCUUCUACGAGGACCGGGGCUUCCAGGGCCGCCAUCACGAAUGCACCAGCGACUGUCCCAACCUACAGCCCUACUUGAGCGGCUGCAACUCGGUGCGCGUGGACAGCGGCUGCUGGAUGCUCUACGAGCGCCCCAACUACCAGGGCCACCAGUACUUCGUGCGGCGUGGCGAGUACCCCGACUACCAGCAGUGGAUGGGCCUCAGCGACUCGGUCCGCUCCUGCCGCACGAUUCCUCACACCAGCUCUCACAGGUUAAGGCUGUACGAGAGAGAAAACUACCGAGGCCUAGUGUCUGAGCUCACUGAUGACUGUUCCUCUAUCCAUGAUCGCUUCCGUGUCCAUGAGAUCUACUCCCUCCAAGUGCUGGAAGGCUGCUGGGUCCUCUAUGAGCUGCCCAAUUACCGUGGACGGCAGUACCUGCUGAGGCCCGGGGACUACAGGCGGCACCAUGACUGGGGAGCCAUGGAUGCCAAAGUUGGCUCCUUGAGGAGGGUCAUUGAUUCAUACUAG